AACUUAAAAAAAAAAAAUGAUUAAGGGUAAGCAAUGUGAAUGAAUAGAACCACAAGAAUAGCAUGAUACGAUACAUUACAUAAGCAAUGCAAUGUGUCGCAUGUAAGGUGUCAUCAACAACACUGUAAAUCUGGUCGUUGCCAAGCUAACAACAAACAAAACAAUACAGAGAUAUUCAUGGCUAUUUACCAUCAAUGCAUAUUUCUUCCUUUCCUUUAAACCUUCUCUCUCUCUCUCUCUCUCUCUCUCUCUCUCUCUCUCUCUCUCUCUCUCUCUCUCUCUCUCUCUCUCUCUCCUCUUCAUUCUUUUUGCAUCUGGCAAGCAUUUUGUGAUGAAGACUGAAUAAAAGCGUUCAUUUUUCUAUGAAGUCAAUCAAAUUAUGGAAGUGGCCAAUGACAAAAAAGAGUGUCUUGUUUGAUGGGAAAACCAAGUUUGAAGAUCAAAAGGCUGCCUUUUAUGGCAGUUGCAUGUACAGUAAUGUUGUUCGUUUUAUAUAGGACUUUCAAGUAUCAAUAUAACCAAGAAGAGAUAGACAAAAAGUUGAGUAUCUGGAAGGAGGUAGAGCGAUAUUCUGCACAAGCUGGAAAGUUGAAAGGCUUGCCGCGAGGUAUAAUACACAGUACUUCAGAUUUUGAGUUAAGGCCCUUAUGGUUGCGAGGUGAUAAAAGAUCAAAGGUUACUGUUUACUCGAAUCGUAACUUGCUGGCAGUUCCUGUUGGUAUCAAACAAAAGGAAAAUGUAGAUGCUAUGGUGCAAAAGUUUCUCACAGGAAAUUUUACAAUUAUUUUAUUCCAUUACGAUGCCAAUGUGGAUGGAUGGUGGGAUCUUGAUUGGAGUAGCAAGGCCAUACAUAUUGCUGCUAGAAACCAAACAAAGUGGUGGUUUGCAAAAAGAUUUCUACAGCCAGAUAUAGUUGCUACUUAUGAUUACAUCUUUCUCUGGGAUGAGGAUUUAGGAGUGGAACAUUUUAAUCCGUCAAGAUAUGUUGAGAUUGUAAGGGAAGAAGGAUUAGAGAUAUCUCAACCAGCUCUUGAUCCAAAUUCGACAGAGAUACAUCAUAGAAUUACAGUCAGAGCUAGGACCAAGAAAGUGCAUAGGCGAGUGUAUGAACGCAGAGGUAGAACUAGGUGUUCCGAUGAAAGUGAUGGGCCACCAUGCACCGGGUUUGUGGAAGGCAUGGCUCCUGUUUUCUCUCGAGCGGCAUGGUACUGUACUUGGCAUCUUAUACAGAAUGACCUUGUCCAUGGAUGGGGAAUGGAUAUGAAACUAGGAUACUGUGCUCAGGGAGAACGCAGUCAAAAUGUGGGUGUUGUUGAUCGUGAAUUUGUUGUUCACAAGGCAAUACAAACUCUUGGUGGUAGCCAUCAUGAUACAAAAAAAAGACGUCGCCGCUCACCAGUCUUUGAUCAGAGAACCGAGAUAAGAAGGCAGUCAACAUGGGAAUUUGAAAUAUUCAAAGAGCGGUGGAAUCAAGCGAUUGCUGAGGACACAAAUUGGGUCAAGCCAUUUAUGAGUGAUAAAAGACGCAUACGACGAAGGCGCAGCCGUAGCCGCAGCCGCCGGCUGAUUUCUUAGCAAUUCUUUCAAACUAUCCUGGUUUGAUAUGUUAGCUUAGCUUCAUUCAUAUUCCUUGGUCUUAUAUAAAGUUAUAGGCAAAAUUAGUUUUUGUAACUGAGUGGAUUCUCAAUUCAUUCAAUUUUGGAAGAAUUCAUAUUUCUUAAUAUUCUUUUGUUCUUUCA